AUGUGCUCCACUGGAGUCCUACUAGCUCGCGCAUGUGCUGUGCUCAUGUGUUUGGCCGUCGUGGCGCGAGCACCGCCGGCCAAGGUCCAUGCCGCCGGGACAGGGAAUGAGCACCUUGGUAUCCCUACCAAUGCCUCCCUGGCGCACUGUCCCUCCUACUGUGGGGAUGUCGAAAUCUCGUACCCCUUUGGGAUAGGGCCGGGCUGCUUCCGGCAAGGCUUCGAGCUCACCUGCGACAACACAACUGGUUCCCCCAGGCUCAUCUUCCAGCUGGGAAACAACUCGACUCAGGUGACUUCUAUAGAUGUCGGCAGCAAUAUGGCUUACGCUUCUGCUAUUGGCUACAAUAUCACCAUGGGCUUAGGUGCGGACACUUACAUCACCAAGUCCUGGGAGGCCCCUACUGGUGUUAUUAUUGAUCAUGAAAACUACUUGUAUGUUGUUGGUUGUGGUGUCGACGUGUACAUGUUCGGUGAUAAUAUGACAGAUCCCAUUGGUUCUUGUAUGAGUAUUUGCACAGAUAACACAGAGAUCAUGGAGAGGACAAACAUGGGUUAUGGUGCCUGUGGAAGGUUAGGCUGCUGCCGCAUCUGGUUUGCAGUAGCGCCCAUGUCGUGGGUCAGCUGCGCACAUCAUGUUCUUGACAUCCCACAUCUGCUGGGUCAGCUCGGGGACGGUGAGGGCACGGUACUGCUAGGAUCCCCUUGA